GGUAGCUGAAGGACUGAGAGGAAUUUACUUAAUCCAUUCCAAGAUAUAGUUGCCGCAACGCGGCGAUAAAGCUCUUGUCCUCCUACUCUCACGUUUGUUAGAAUACGGAAUCACGAUCCAACACCACUCCUUCCCAAUCGGCUAUCGGCUUCAAUACACUGAAGCGCUUAAAACCGUUAAACUUCGUUCAUGCGACCCUUCAACAGCCUUCUGCGUACCCCCUCGCCUCCUGGAGUACGCGUGUUGCCUCCGGUUCUCCUCGUUAAAUAACAUCGUAUCGACCAUUCUCCAGUGACCAUGUCGCAUACGGGGGAUACAAACGCACCAGGACCCAGUUCAGGAAACCCACAGGCUCCAGGUUCGAGUUCAGCUCCAGCUGCACCUCCUUCAUCUCCGAAUCCAUCACCGAGUCGACCCAUCCGGCAAGCUUCUCUAGUCACAUCGACCUCGGAUCCAUCCAGCCGACCCAUCUCACAGGCUUUCACAAUCCCGUUGACACCGACACCGGCACCGCCUGUUCGAGCGAUUUUAUCCGACGAAAAAACACACAGUUCCCCAACGAUCCUCCCUGCACACCCAAUACGGGCCAUUUCUUGCGACGAGAAAGUACAUGCGGAUAAUGGGGAGUUGGGUGGCCGAAAUAGCACGUUGGAUCUCAGAAGAAAAGCCGCACCGCUACCCCCUGUACCAUCCAGAGGAAGUCCUGUUCUUCAUGGUAGCCCGACAGACGAGUAUAGGUCGUCAGGACAGGCUGAUCUAGGAAGGAUGAAUACGGUGAACUCUCGUGGAGGGUCUAAUAUUGAUUGGAUUGUGCCGCAGGCAAAGGACGUGGCGUUUCGACCGAAAACAGUGGGGGAACGUUUGGACCCGACGUUGACGAAUGCGAUCGAUGCGAAAAACAGGUACUCUACGAAAGCAAGGAUGACCGGACUGGCGUUGAAUAUUGCAAUUGGCCUUCAAGUUCUAUUGGGAGCUCUGACAACUGGUCUUUCAGCGGUGACAUCGGGUCAUCAGACUUCAGUUGCGGUUUCUGUUCUUGGUGGAUUGUCAACUCUCGUUGCAUCGUUUCUGGCUCGUUCUCGAGGAUCUAAUGAACCUGAAUUGUCAAUCACUCGAGUGAAGGAUCUGGAGCAAUUCAUUCGCGAAUGCGAGGCUUUUAAACUGGACUUUGGACACGAAUCGGGGCAUGAACAUGAUCCAACCUUGUUGGGAUUAAGAGAACGUUUCGAAGAGCUCCUAGGGAAUGCGAACGGAGAAAGAAAAUUGUCUCCAGUAUAAUACUUGAGGCAGCACAUGGACAUUUAUUAAUUUAUCCGGAGUUUUUCCUCCAUACUACCCUUACAUCGCAACUUAUCUUUAUUCUCAGUCUAUUAAUUGUAAUACCAGGACUCUUCUAUUUUCACCCACCUUGGCACGACUAGCCCAUAUCCAUGCUCCCGAGGGCCGGCCCCCUUGCGAUUCAAUCACCAACAAAUUUGCAAUAAACAAGACUUGGUCGCCUCUUGGUAAUCGCGGCCGCCGGCGCCAAUUUCCUUAUCAAAGAUGAAUCGAUUAUAUCUGAGUGU